AAGAAACUGACAGCUGUUGUUGGUUGGAGUUAAAGCUCUCUGAACAAACAUACAGGAACCUCAAGCAGUUAAAAGAAAGUUAAAGGGUUGUUUUUAAACACUUUUUCCGCAUUUCUCUGUCAUCCGAAAAUAAUGUAAAUAAAUAAACGCUCUUGCGCCAUUUCUAGCGGACAUCUAUAGCAAAGGAAACUACAGUUAUUUGUAAAAUAUUAUCUCUGCUAAUAGCGAAAGUGUGUAAAAACAUCAAUCAAUGAACAGAAAAAGAGCUCUGAUCGCAAACACAUUCUGUUUAAAGAAGAAACGCAGAUGUGAAUCAGAUGAACAUAAUGGAGAGACUCACGAUGUAACGGCUGAUAUCAGAUCAAGUCUGCAGUAUCUCGUGACUCUGUUUUCACGUAAACUCUUCAAUGACAGUCUUCCUCCGGUGGUCUUAAAACAUCAACUCUACAGUUUACACAAUGACAAAACCUUAGUGGACAAGCUGGUGAAUGAAUUGAGAGAAAAUGGCGAGCUGUUGAUGUUUCAGCUGGGAUUUGACUCUGAAGCCUUUGGUUUGGUGUUUGCUGAAGACUACAGAGCCAAAGUCCUGCAAGGGGAGGAAGGCAGAGAUACACUUACAACUGUGGAGAAAUUUCUGAAUAAAGUCAUUCCCGCAUGUUCCGAUCUGAGCUUCAGCAAAGACAAAAUGCUCAAGGAGUUUCUUUUUAGCGAUUCUGAGAUAACACAGCUGGUAAAAUCAGGUGUACUGACUGUAAGAGAUGCAGGCAGCUGGUGGCUUUCAAUCCCAAACUCUGGCAAAUUCAUUAAAUAUUUCAUCAAGGGACGCAAAACUGUACUUGGCAUGGUAAAGAAAUCCAAAUACGGUGAAAUCCUAAAGGAUGAAUUAGAGGGACGUCGCACAACUUCCCAGAUUAAAUUCCAGAUGAAGUAUCACGUUCAUGAUAUAGUCGGGGCAGAGUUAGUAGAAUGCAUACAGACAACUUCAGGGACGUUAUUACGAUAUGUGGAUGGAAAUAUCAACCAAUCAAACACUUACUUGUCCUGAAUUGUAUAGAACUAAAUUAUCUGUAUAGAUUCAUCUAUUACUUUUUUCUUUUGGUUAAAAAGGCUUCAUUCUUUACAGGAUAUGCAAUACAUUUUUUUCUCAAAUCUCACAGUUUCUUCAUGGCAAAUUAUUGUUAACUAUAAUGUAAAAUAAAACAAAAUGAAACUGCACCCAACAGUGAUUAUUAGUUCAUUAGUCAAAACGUGUUUACCGUUACAGUCAACACUAGAUGAAAUAUUGACCCAGUUCACUUUAAAUUGAACUAUAUCUUGGUUUAUAAGCCUGAUUUUAAACAUAGACACACUGCACCUUUAAAGCUUUCCAGUAAUAUCUAACAUAGGUCUUCAACAGGGCAUCCGGGACCCCUUGUGGUCCCUGGUGGUAUUACCCAUGGUCCGGGGUCUUUUUAUUUUUGCAUUGCGAGACCAAUAAUAAAAUCUUAAAGUUCUCACAUUAAAAUCUAUUCAGUAAAAAAUAAAAAUGUAGACUGAAAUAAUUUUUUUAAUAUGUUUGUAACUAUCAUAACCAAGUAUGUAAAGUAUGUGUCUUAAUUUGAUGCUCUUUUUCUCUUUCCAUUAAAGGGACCUUGGCCUAAAAUGGUUGAAGAUCUCUGAUAUAUAGGUUGUCAAGAUAAUUUCGUUUUAUUUACUGAAUUGAUUUGAGGGGGAUAACUUUGAUAGGAUAGGUCAAGGUAAUAAAUAAUAGUUAUUAGCAACAGUUCUCAGAUCACUUAAAUUUAGGAGACAUUAGACAGGGCUGUCUGUUUUCACACUAUCCACAUCACCUUUAUUUCACUUUGGUUACUGAUUCUAUGGCAGUGAGAUUUAUAUAUAUAUAUUUUUAUUGGUAUAUAUUAAACAAGUAUAAACUUGCUUUGUUUGCAGAUGAUGAUAACUCUAUUAUAGAUUUGUAUUAUCUAGGUCAUGGACAAAGAUCUCUCACACCUAGGUGCGAAAGGUAGGGCUUUACCCGUAUUGCAUAAUUUUUUUACUCUGUUACAAAUGAAUAGGACUGAUUUUUACUCACUUCUGCAAUGGGAGCCUGUGGAUUUGAAUUAAAUAGAUGGAGACUCCUAUCAUUGUCUAUAUUACGACAGAUGUUUGAAUUUAUUUAAACUAGGGGUCGUGAGCAAGGACUAACACAAUGGAUACUGGAGGGCUACUUUUUUUAAGUAGUCUACUCCAAUCUUUUUUGUUUUACUUGUUGGUUUUUUGUUAAGGUUUUAUAAUUGUUUAAAAUGUUAAUAUAAAUAAAAUAAGCCAAGCUAAUACAAAUAAUAUGUAAUAAACAAAUAUUAAAAUUAAGGCUAUUAAUAGAAUCUGCUUUGGCGGGCACCAUGUUGGAGACCACUGAUUUAAAAGAUCCCAUUUUUCCUACCAUUAAACAGCAAUAAUUGGUUCAGUUCUUUAAUUUUAAACCUUAAGAAACCGAUCCUGUAACUAAGAUGCAACUUUGUGGAAAUAAAAGCGGCUUAGGUUGUC